AUGGCCCUUUACAAAUCACCCGUAGUUCCAGUUCAUGAUGCGACAGACUUGUCUAUCUCGCAGUUUAUGACACAAUACAACCCCGAUGAUGUCUCAGCAUCAAAGGUUGUUCAUGUCGAAACUUUCUCCGAUGAUGCUAUCACGUAUGGUUCUCUCCGCGAACAGGCGGGACGUGCUGCCUGGGGUUUGCAAACCAAAUUGGGACUGCAGCCCGGCGAUACACUACUAGCCUUGGUUAACAACUCUAAUGCGUUUGUUCUUCUCGCUCAUGCCACCUGGUGGACCGGUGCUGUCUUCGCGCCCCUCAAUACAUCGGCAACCCGUGAUGACAUCCUGCAUGUUCUUAAAAUCGUUAAGCCGACACACGUUGUCACCAUUGAGGAGAAGCUCAGCACUGUCCAGGCGGCUGUAGCUAGUCUUUCACUCACGAACAUGAAAAUUCUCACCAUUCGUUGCAAAGUGGAUAAUCUACAGCAGUUCCCAGAUGAUAUUAUUGGCAAGACUGCCGCAGAAAGCAUACCGCCAUAUGAUCUGCAAGGGAGAAGCUCCAAGGACGUGCCCAGCACAAUAUGCUUUUCUUCCGGAACAACAGGGAAGAUGAAGGGAGUGCAGCUCUCCCACUACAACCUUGUAAUGAACAGCAUAAUCAUGCGUGCCUCCAUGCCCGUGAGAGUCAACUCUGAUGUCCGCGAGGUUUUCUUUGCGCCGUAUUGCCAUUGCUAUGGCCUUACUCUGGUGGUACUUUCCGGCAUGUGGGUUGGAGCCCAGUACUGCAGUCUUCCUGCAUUUGACUUGGAGACAUUUUGCCGCAAGUCGAGUGAGCUGAAGGUUACCGAUCUGCACCUCGUGCCGCCAGUCGCGCUUCUCCUUGCAGCCUCGCCUGUCGCUCAGAAAUAUGACUUGGCGUCAUUGAAACGGAUUGUCAUUUCCGCCGCACCAUUGAAGCGGUCUGUCCAGGUUCUACUGAAGAAGCGUCUGCCGCAUGUCAGCGUCUGUCAAGGAUAUGGUCUCACCGAAUGCUCGGGAGGCGUUAUCCAUGAGAUCGACGAAGAUGAAAAAGCCUUCGGAUGCGUCGGCAAGCUCUUCGCCGGAGUGGAGGCUCGUUUAGUUGACCCCAAGUCAAACAAGGAUGUCCCUAUCGGCGAGGAAGGUGAACUGUGGCUGCGUGGCCCGCUAAGCAUGAUGGGUUACAUCAAUGACAGCGAGGCAACCGAGAAAACCUUCACCGACGGAUGGGUCAAAUCAGGCGAUAUCCUGAAAAUGGACGAAAACCAAAAUUUCUGGGUCACCGACCGUCUCAAAGAGAUGAUCAAGUACAAGGGAUUCCAGGUCGCUCCUUCAGAGCUAGAAGACAUUCUCUUGCGCCAUCCCGAUGUGAUCGACGCUGCGGUUUGUGCAGUCUACGAUGAUGCCCAAGCGACCGAGGUCCCGCUCGCCUAUGUCAGUCUUUCGCAAGGAACGGCAGAGUUGUCGGGGUCUGAGAAACAAAAGGUCCUUGAUGCGAUCAAAGAAUGGAUUGAUGCGCAGCUGGCGGGCUAUAAAAAGCUCAGGGGAGGUGUCUUUCAUUUGCAGAGUUUGCCGAAGACUCCUACUGGUAAGAUUUUGAGGAGGCUUUUGCCUGCUAAGUUGGGCGAGGGGAGGGAAGCGAAGCUUUAG